AAAUCCCCAGUUGCAAGCAAACUUUGGGAGGAAACAGAGCAGAGACGCCCCUGCCCUGCCUCGUCUCAUCCUUUGUUUGUUCUCGCUGCCGGAAUCUGAUCUUCGGCGCUCGCUGCAGCUGCUUGACCAUACCGCUGGGUCUGAUAGCGUAGCUUGUCGUCCUUUUUAUUUUCCAUUUUGCGAAAUAAGUUUGAUCAAGCUUGCGAGGCCUAACACAGAGACGAACCUCUAUUGCGGUAAAGCCCACGAGAAUUCGCAUCAACCUAACAAGGCGGCCUCUUAGCGUUUCCCGCAGACAGAAAUCCGUUGGGACGAGUUAUCCACUUCCCGGCGGAGUUGUCAUCCACACACACCGAGACGAUCCCGCCCCACGAUCUUCCUGUCCUUUUUCUGAGGGCGGCCCUGUCUGGACUCUCUGUACGACAGACUUCUCCCCCCGGCUGCCCGGGGGCGGAUAUUUGACUCGCGCCAACGAGCGUGACCAUCGACCAGAAUGGGACAAGCCUUGCUCGAUCUUCAAUCCCAUUCCCCGUAUUGUCUGCUCUCUUCGGGGUCGAUAGACUGUCAGCAAUCAAUCAAGCAAGUGAAGAGAGUCGGCGCCAGUGCCUGUGUGUCGGAGCUCCGGCCGGUGAGCGACGGACAAAGGAAUCCAUCGCCCCACAUUGGCGCUCUGUUUGCUGCCCUUGCGCAAAAGGUGGGCAAGCGUCCAGGAGAGGGUGAGAGAGUCGAGAGCCGUGAACGAGCGCAAGCGCAAGGUAGAGCUGGCCAACGCUCCCUUCUUCCCUCCUCCUACUUCUCCUCCUGUCUCUGAUUAGAGUAAAGAAGUGGCCGACCUUUUAUCAUUCUCCUCGGCUCCUCGUCUCCUCUCUUCCCUCCUACUCUCGCGUUUAUCUUCGCUCUUCGCCCUCUUCUCAAGCACCCGAAUCUUCACUCUUCGGUCCCGAACAACCUAGCUCUUGUCUUUACCUUGCAGCACUGAGACUUCAUCAAAGGAACGACUCGAGUACUACUAAAUCACUACUCGCAUACACAUAUACGCCUUAAGCGCCAAACAAGCGGCCCUACGUACCUAUACAAUGCCAAGCGCAACAUCGCCGCCGCCGGGUCCUGACCCCACCCUCCACCUCCCGCGUAUCCUCUGCCUCCACGGCGGCGGCGUCAACGCCUCCGUCUUCAAGGUCCAGUGCCGCGCCCUCAUCUCCCGUCUCAAGAACAGUUUCCGUCUCGUCUUCGUCGACGGACCCUUCAUGUGCGCCCCUCACCACGACAUCGUCUCCGUCUAUGGUGACUAUGGUCCCUUCCGCCGCUGGCUCCGUUGGCUUCCUGAGCACCAGGCCGUAGACGCCGAGACGGCGUCCGCCGAGAUCCACUUCCAGCUACGCAUGGCAAUGGACGACGACGACGCCAUCGGCGCGACGGGGGAGUGGGUGGGGUUACUGGGAUUCAGCCAGGGGGCCAAGAUCAGCGCCAGCUUGAUGUACACGCAACAACAGCUGAAGAAGAAGUACGGCAAGCGCAUUACGUCGGCGGGCGGCUCAGCAGACUGGAAGUUUGGCGUGCUGCUCGCGGGCAGGGCGCCAUUGAUUGUCCUCGACGACAGGUUAGAAGUGCCGCAGGGUGUCGGCGAUGCUGCUGAGGCGAGCGUUGAGUUCCAUGACUGGCCAACGGGCCCUGGAACGGACCACGUCUUGAAGCUGCCGACAAUUCACGUCCACGGCAUGAAGGAUGCUGGGUUGGAUCAUCACCGGGUGUUGCUCAAGCAGUACUGCCAACCGGGUACGACAAGAUUGGUCGAAUGGGACGGUGCUCACCGCGUGCCCAUCAAGACGUGGGACGUGGAAGCGGUCGCGACACAGAUUCUCGAUCUCGGAAGGGAUCUGGGAAUCGUGAGGGAGGGGAUUGAGGUAUAGACUUUGGCGUGCGCUGCAUAGCAUGUUGGCGGAAUUGUUUGAGUACCCAUUUGCGUUUUUCCAUAUCUUCCACUGGAUAUCUUGAUGAAAGCAUAC